AUGAGAGGAAUCGGUACAAACGAUACGCGUGAUGUCGAAGCGCCUGCGGAUCCAACCUCUGACGGUUUCAAGAUGGCGGACCAUCUCGAGCUCGAAGAGACCAAGUCUGCAGGUGCGACGCCAGCGGAAAGCUUUAACUACGGCAUAGAUCCGACCCACCAGAAGCGAGUGAUUCGCAAGAUCGACUUGCGCCUUUUGCCGAUACUUGGGCUGAUGUACAGCAUAUCACUCGUCGAUCGAACGAAUCUCGGACUGGCCUUGGUCGCUGGGAUGCAAGAGGAUCUCGACCUUGCGGUUGGAAAUCGAUACACGAUCAUUGUCAUGGUAUUUUUCGUGGCCUACAUCAUUUUCGAGAUACCCAGUAACCUGAUCCUCCCAAAGGCCGGCGCCGCAAAUUGGCUUGCUUUUCUUGGAGUCAGCUUUGGGGCGAUUCUAAUCAGUAUGGGCUUCACUAAGUCCUGGGGUACAAUGGCUCUUUGUAGAGCACUCUUGGGCGUUCUUGAAGCUGGCUUCUUGCCUGGCUGUACCUAUCUGAUCACCUGUUGGUAUCAGAGGUUCGAAGUCGGGAAGCGGCUGGCUGGUUUCUGGAUCCUGUCAGUGCUUACUGGAGGUUUCUCGGCUAUCUUCGCCUACGUAUUGACUCUGUUACGUGGCAAAGCUGGGCUCAAUGGCUGGUCCUGGAUCUUCAUCAUUGAAGGUGCCAUUACCUGUGCAGUGUGUAUAGCGGGAUGGUUUAUCAUCAUCGAUUUCCCCUCGAAGGUCAAGUCUUUCCUCACGCCAGAAGAGAAGCAGUUCGUAAUUGAUCGAAUCAACAACGACCGCGGCGACGCAAUCGAAGACGAAAUAAACCUGCGUAAAAUCCUGCACCACCUCAAGGAUUGGCGCCUCUAUUUCUGGGCCUUCAACCUCAUGGCGUCUACACUUCCAGGAUACGCCUACAGUUACUUCCUCCCUGUCAUACUUCGAUCUGGCAUGGGUUACUCGACUUCACAGUCACAGCUGUUGUCCGCGCCGCCGUAUGUCCUCUCAGCCAUCAUGACUUACGUAUCUGGAUUUCUAGGAGACCGCUACAAGAUUCGGGGGCCAGUUAUUGCCGUUCAUCAACUGAUCACAGCCAUUGGGAUGAUCAUCACAGCCUACGGAAGAAGCAACGCGUUCCGCUACUUUGGAGCCUUCCUUGGCAUUGGGUUUCUACAGUACUGCGUUCCAGGUGUCUUGACGUAUCAAGCGAACAAUAUCACUUCACACAGCAAGCGAGCUGUAGCUUCUGCGACCUGCAUCAUUGGUGGCGGCAUUGGGGGCAUCGCCGCGAGUGUGGCGUUCAAGAGCAGCGAGAGUCCAAACUAUGGAACGGGCAUAUGGACCACGUUUGCCGUGAGCAUGGUCAGCAUUUCUCUGAUCGGAGUCAUGGAUUUCUGGUUUUGGAGAUGCAACAAAGCGGCCAAGCAAGGCCUGCGGCAGAAUGAGGGCCGACACAUGUGGUUUUACACACUGUAA